GAUAAAAAAGAUCUAUGCUGUGAUCUCCUGAAAAGAGAUUGAGAAGAUGUUAGUAAGUUCAUCAAUAACUACAUGUCUUCAUCAAUAACUACAACUUCAGCUAAAUUUCAGUGUGCUGUUCAUCUCUUUCUCUGUAUCCCUUGUAGAUGUUUGUUUUUUUGGCAAUUUAUCUUCCAGUUGUACUGAUGAAUGAAUGCAGUCAUGAUGAAAAAGACUGCUCUGAUAUCUAUAACUCAGAGGAAACGGUCAGUAGGUUUUACUUCAUCUAUCCAGCAGGAGACAUUCCCGUCUCGGUUUACUGUGAGAUGGUCUCCGGUGGGAAAGAUGAAGACAACGGAGCAUGGACGGUGUUUCAGAGGAGAAUGGAUGGCAGUGUGAAUUUCUAUCGGCCGUGGAAUCAGUACAAGAGAGGAUUUGGGAAUGUGGAGGGAGAAUACUGGCUGGGGCUGGAGAACAUGUACCAGCUGACAAGCAACAGGACAUACAAGCUGAGAGUGGAUCUGGAGGACUUUGAAGGAAAUAAAGCUUUCGCUCUGUACUCGUCCUUCUCUGUGGGUCCUGAAUCUGAUGGGUACAAACUACAUGUUUCAGGAUUUAGUAACGGAGGAGCAGGUGACUCUUUAUCGGACCAUGAUGGACAGAAGUUCACCACAGUAGACAAAGACCAAGACUCAGACAAUAACAACAACUGUGCCAAACUUCAUCUCGGGGGAUUUUGGUACAAAGACUGUAUGCAGGCAAACCCCAAUGGUGUGUAUAUAUGGGGAUUAUAUGACACCCAAACCAUCAUUGGAAAUGUAUGGUCAACCUGGAGGGGUAACGGUGUUGGUAUGAAAUCCAUCAGCAUGAAGAUCAAACGUGUGCCAUAGAAACAUUUCAAUGUUUGACAGAUAUACAAAACAAAACAAUCAAAUUAAAGUUUAAGGGUUUUCUCUUGUAUUACCUGUUUUACUUUAUAAAUCAUGUAGUAAAAGUGUAUGUUUGUAGUGGUUUUUCUAUAACCAGUGUAGGGUGGUGUAAGUUGUUCAUGACACAUAGGUUAGAAUAAACAAUUUCCAUAAAACAAUGUAUGCUUCUCGACUCAUUAAUUUAAUGGAUAAACAAUGUUUACAAAACAUGUGUAGCUGUGGUAAGAACCACCCACUGGGCAAAGUUACGUCCAGGGGACGUCUUUGUAUGUCUUUGCUGACGUUGAAAAGACGUCCACUGAGGAGCCAGAAUGAAAGUUUUUAUGUCUUUUUUUGACGUCUUCUGUACGUCCGAUUUAGACGUUCAGAGAACCUCCUUCCAAGGUUAAAAACUAGGUAAAAAGUGGUCAUUGGACAUAUUUUCAACAUCAUUUAAGGUUCAUUUAAGCAUAACUUAUACUGUUUCUGGACCAAAUCA